UGCCGCGGCAACUUCCGGUCAGGCCCAGCGGCGCUCCCCGGCCCAGCCCCGGCCCCGCGGAGCUCCUGAGGCGGAGGUGGAGCGGGACGCGCAGGGUCCCCCCGCGGCGGCCGCGGCCGCCAUGGCCGCCGUGUGGCAGCAGGUGCUCGCCGUGGACGCGCGGUACGCGGCGUACCGCACGCCGCAGCUGCCGCAGUUCCGCACGCAGUACGUGCGGCGGCGCUCGCAGCUGCUGCGGGAGCGGGCGCAGGGCGGGCACCUGGCGGGGGAGGCGCGGCGCUGGUACCUGCGGCUGCGGGCGCGGCUCCUGGCGCAGCGCUACGGCGCCCUGUCCGAGCCCGGCAGCUGCCGCAGCGCCCUGAGGGCCAGCCGGACCACGCUGGACCGCAUGGAGGAUUUCGAGGAGGACCCGCGGGGGUCCCGGGGCCACCGGCGCUCCCUCAGCCGCAGCUCCGGCCCGGGGGGGCUGCGGGGGGGCCCCGACGAGCGCCCCCCCGGGGUGGUGCCCACCCCCCUGGCCGAGGCCAGCCGGGCCAUGGCCGGGGACACCACCCUGAGCGAGAACUACGCCUUCGCGGGGGUGUUCCACGUGUUCGACCAACACCUGGACAGCGCAGUGCGGAAGGUGCAGUUCGCCCACGACGAGCGGCACCUCCUGGCGUGCUGCUCGCUGGACGGGACGCUCUCGGUGUGCCGCCUGGCCCCGGGGCCCCCGGCGGUGCUGCGGCGGCUGCGCGGCCACGGCGGCGGCGUCUCCGACUUCGCCUGGUCCCUGUCCAACGACGUGCUGGUGUCGGCCUCGCUGGACGGGACCCUGCGCCUCUGGGACCCCUCGGACGGGCGCUGCAUCCGCCGCGUGCCCGACCCCGACGGCGCCGCGCUGCUGUGCUGCGCCUUCCAGCCGCUCAACAACAACCUGACUGUGGUGGGCAGUGCCCGGCACAUGGUGCGGGUGGUGAACAUCUCCACGGGGAAGGCGGCUCGGGGGGGCACCGGGCGCCUCCCGGGACAGGUUCUCUCGCUCUGCUUCGACGCCCCCGGGCGCGUCCUGUGGGCCGGGGACGACCGGGGCUCGGUGUCCUCGUUCCUGUGCGACCCCGGCACCGGCCGGCUGACCAAGGCCUCGCGGGUGCUGGUCCAGGCCGGCGGCGCCAUCACGUCGCUCUCGGCGCGGGCCUGGGCCAGCCGGGAGGCGCCGGACCCGUCGCUGCUGGUCAACGCCUGCCCCGACCGCCUGCUGCUCUUCCGGGUGGUGGAGGACGAGGGGGGCUCGGGGGCCCCGGGGCUGCGGCUCCGGCGCAGUUUCCCCACGCGGCACCGGGAGCAGCCCCUGAGGAGCUGCUUCUGCCCCCUGAUGUCCUUCCGGCAGGGAGCCUGCGUGGUGACGGGCAGCGAGGACGCCUCCGUGCACUUUUUCGACGUGGGCCGUGCGGCGCGCGCCACGGUGAACACGCUGCAGGGCCACGGGGCCGCCGUGCUGGCCGUGGCCUUCAACUGCGACGAGUCCCUGCUGGCCUCGGGGGACGCCGCCGGCACCGUCAUCGUCUGGCGCCGCCAGCACGCCUGAGCGCCCCAAAACCCCCAAAUCCCCGCGGGAAACCCCAAAAUCUGCCUGGAAAUACCCCAAAAACUGCCCCGCUGCGGC